UUUCUAAUCUUAUUGUUCUCACCCCUGUGAGCUGUCCGUCUGUAGACACACACAAGGCGUGUGUAGACUGGCGAGAGACAAAAAAUUACAGUACAACACGAGGACAACUCUGCAGCUGACCGACUGUGGUUGCCACCUAAAAAUACAAAGGACAGCAGUAGGAUGUCUGGUCCUGCCCAGGAAGAAGAGGAGCUACCUGCCAAUCACACAGGUCCAAAAGGUGUAAUCAAUGACUGGAGAAAGUUUAAGCUGGACAGCGCAGAUCAGACCGUGCCACAAAACAAGAGAGAGCUGCUCCGACAAAUGUCCAGUCCUCGAGACGAGGACAAGGACAAACUCAGCAGAAAGAUGAGCAGUCAGGAGUAUGAACUGAUCCAGAACGAGGACGAGCAAUGUCUGAGACGCUACAGGAAGCAGUGCAUGCAGGACAUGCACCAGCGCUUGAGCUUCGGUCCAAAGUUUGAAGAAGUCCACAAGCUGGAGAGUGGAGAAUCCUUCCUGGAGGUCAUACAGAAGGAACAUCGGCUGACCCUGGUUGUGGUCCACAUAUACCAAGACGGUGUGAAAGGCUGCGAGCAGCUGAACUCAUGCCUGGACUGUCUGGCUCUGGAGUACUCAACCGUGAAGUUUUGUCGUAUCGAUGCUGUGGCCACAGGUGCUGCUGAACGCUUCUCCUCUGAGGUUCUUCCUGCCCUGUUAGUCUACAAGGCUGGGGAGCUGCUUGGUAACUUCCUGUCUGUUACCAAACACUUUGGUGACGAGUUCUUCGCGACGGAUGUGGAGUCAUUUCUCAAUGAAUACGCCCUCUUGCCCAAGAAGGAGUUGACAGCGUGUGCUGAUGACGGGGAGGGGGAACGCGAUGUGGAAUAAUAAAAUGGAAGGGGAAAGAUGAGAGAGGUGAAAACGAGCAGGAUGGGUAAAAUGGGAAAGUUUUUUAAUGGAAUACACUGAUAAAUAGGGGAUUUAACAGUUAAGGGUAAAAGAAUCAGGUGGUGAAGUGGAGAAUGAUAGUGGGAUAGUUGGACGCAGACGAAUACACAAGCAUACAGGUCACAGACGUUGCAUGUACAAAUAGAUACAAUCAGUAGUGAACAGACUGUAUCUAGAAGCAGUUAGAAUGACACUGUUCAAUUAAAAAAUGUCUCUAUCAAAAGGCUCUGUG